CGAGCAUGUGCAAUUUUGCUGCUGCGGCAUGUCCACGGCCCUAAGGGUGGGCGGUGUUGCCGCCUUGGCGCUCGUUCCGGUGGCUGUAGUGCUGACGGUGUGGCUUCUGAGAGUCUGAGGCAGCCCCACCGAUGAGGUGCUGGCUUGGGCUGCUAGCAGCAGCCAACGCGAGCCUGUUCCAAUACUUCCGGAGGCACAGGGAGCCCGUCAAAGACGCCAUCCCCGCGGCGAUCGCCUCAACGACUGUCCGCGCGAACGCGAGCGGCCACUUCCCGUUCGACUGGAAACGGCUCACGCUCUGCGAGGUCCUGCGGAAGCGGGGAAGGCAGCAAAAGACGCCGGGCGGCCACGCGCUGCUCGUCUACGCGACCGACCAAAGGUACCUGGACGGCGUGCAGACGAAGGCGCACCGUGCUCUUAGUUUACGCUAUGCCUUCAGCAAGAAGCUCCGCUACUGCACAAAAAAAAAGCUGCGCCUCUUCGCGCUGCUGGGCCGCUUUAACGAGGAGAAGACCUGCCCGUUGUCCCAAAACUUCUGCCACCAGAUGUUAAGGGUGGCCGGCCUCGCGGCGUUGCUGGAUCGACGGGGACCAGAGGGCCAGAAAUUCGAGAGCGUGACCUACGCCGACCUGGACACCGUACCUGUAGAUUUCACAGUGACACCGGCGCACUACCUCGCCAUGGCGUCGUCCGCGGACUUGAUCGGCAGCGCGAACGCCGCGGGCAUGCCGAUCCUGAUGAACUCCGGUUUGCUCAUCGUGCGGAACACGGCCUGGAGCCGCUCGGUCCUACUGGAGGCCUGGUGGCGGCGCCGCGCGCAGACGCCCGACCAGCUGUCGCUCUGGGAGGCGCUCUUCGAGGGCUGGGGCGACGCGUACACCUUCGCGAACUACGCCGCGGGCCACCGCGAGGCGCUACUAAGGCUCCUGCAGCAACGGUUGGGAGGCCCCUGUGCGGCGUCGGAAACGUGCCAAAACAUCUUGGAACGGACGGGCUGCCUCGCGGCGCCCCUGCAAGUGGGUCGGGUGCUGCUGCUGCCGGCGCGGUUUGCUAUUGGUGCUUUACCGCCGCUCCAGGCGGACCACGUCCACGCGCGGCCCUGGUUCUGCCACAAGAAGUGCGGCCGUAGCACAAGGAGGCGCCUCGGCGGCCACUCCUGGGGCCGCCACGGCCGGCGCGCGAACGACACGUCCUUCGCGCGCUGCCGCGACGCCGCGGCGGGCUUCGUCUGCCGCUGCGCCGACGUCGUCGACACGCACUGCUCGGCCGUCGGCUCGGGCGACGGCGUCCUGUGUCCCCGUGAGUAG